AUGGGGGCAUCGACAGUCAGACGUCGAGGAGAGAGGGCACAGCCCUUGUUCUUUUGUUGUAGUCGGGGUUAUUUGGAAUUGGCCAAACUGUUGUUGGAGAAAGGUGCAAGUGUGGCCUCCACGGACAAGAACCUGGCAACGCCACUGCACGGGGCUGUGGAUAACGGACACAUUGAAGUUGUCAAGCUCCUCAUUAGCCACGGGGCGAAUAUCAACUCCCAGAACUAUCGAGGGGAUACGCCGUUGCACCUGGCCGCUUACCGGGGAUUUACAGACAUCACUCAGUGUUUAAUCAAGGCCGGCGCUGACUUCCGGUUGGUCAACUCCAAUUCCUUCACUGCCGAAAACGAGGCAUUAGGUCGCGGCCAUCUUGAAUUAUGUAACUACCUCAGAACUGCUCAGAACGACAGAGCCGACCUGCAGUCUUUCGACUCAAUGAUACAGCUAGAUCCACCCAUGGUGACACCUGUCACUUGUCACCAACAGACAGAUACCUUUCCCAAGAAGGAUACCUACAGGCAACAAGAGAAGCAGCCGUCAGAACAAGAUGAGGUGUCUGUCAGACAUUUGGCGGUCCAGACUGUUAAGAACUUCAGAAGCAAAUCGUGUGACUAUGAGACUGAUAUGUAUAAAAACCUGUCCGUUAUAGCUCUCGAUCCUCCGAGUGAGGUCAACGCGAAUGUUGUCAAAGGUUCCCAGCAUAAGAUCAACAAUUGCAGACACAGCACUGGGCGACUAGCACCAAUGGUGAUGCUUCCUUCUACACACGUAACUUUAGCUGAACAACUUUCGCCGAACAGUUCAACCUUGGCCAUCGCCAAAACCAGCCACUGUAGAUUCAUUAACGCCAUUUUUGUUUCCACCAUCAGCCAUGACCUACCAGGGUGCCGCAUUGUCUGGGCUUAG